UUCUUUGGCACUAUUUCAACUGAUUGCACGCUACGUUACCUACACUGCGAGCGGUGGCUUGCUUCCAACAGUGAUGAAGGUCGAGGACGUGAUAUCCUGAAAACAAUGUGGAAUAUCGGCUGGAGGUUAGACCCGAGGGCUUUAUUCAGUCGAAGCUCAUCAAAUUCAUAA